UACUUAAAUUAAGACAAAAAUAAAAACUCAAAAUGGCAGGGAAUGAUGUACAGUUUGCUCCUAUUCGUACCUUUCAAGAUUAUCUUCUUGGGUCUGCAAGGUUUGGGCUUCCCGAUUAUCAGAAUAAAGAAAAAUGGAAUUACAGAAUCGUGAAUAAUUUAUUGUAUUAUCAAACGAACUACAUGAUAUCUGCACUUGUGAUAUUUUUGAUCGUUGGUUAUGUCAGACCAUACGAAAUGAUACUCGGUGGAAUUUUGGUGGGCGGUACAUUUGCAGGGACACUGUAUGUUGCUUCAAAUAGCAGGGCUGAAAUUCGAGAUUUUAAAAGGAAAUAUCCUGGCGUUGUCAUUGGGAUGAUUAUCACAGUUUCUACUAUGCUGAUGUAUGCGUUGGGAUCUGUACUCGUGUUCAUAUUUGGAAUUGCAUUACCAAUGUUCUGUAUUCUUCUUCAUGCAUCAUUGCGGAUGAGAAAUUUAAAAAACAAAGUAAAUAAUAAAGUGGAAUCUGUCGGCCUUAAGACCACUCCCAUGGGAAUUUUAUUGAAAGCCAUGGAUCAAGAAUUCUGAGGAUUUCUUUUUACGUAUUAUUGUUAAGCAUGCUUGGUAUAAUAAAUUUGGUUAAUGUA